AUGUUUGGAAAGAUUAAGGGGAUCCUCAGUGGCCCCCAGGUGCCACAAGCUUCAGGGACCACCAGAGCGGGCGCUGACCCAGCUCCAGCUGCAACACCAGCUCCUGCACCAGCUCCAGUCAAAGUAAGUCUUAUUGGGAGGUUGUAAAACAAGCUUGUCAUUCUGUCAGUUAUUCAUAGCUGAAUUUUUCCAAAAGCUAUCACUAUACAGAAAGAGCAGAUCUGGACUAAAUUCUGUCGUAAUUCACAAAGACCCAACACUGAUAAAGUGUAUGGCAACAGUGUCAAGAAAAACAGUAGCAGACUGACUGGGCAAAGCCAUCCGCCAUGAGAGAAUGGUUAGAUUAGGGCUGUUACAAUAUUAGAUUUUCACAUCAUGAUAAUCGAGGCCAUGAAACUCAAAUGGAAAACUUGGAAAGAAAACAACACAAUCAGUCAAACUGAGGAAAGGUAAAGAAGAAUGGGGCAACACACUACUUCAGCUGGCUGCAACAAAAAUCUUACAAGAAACUUACAAGACAAGAAAGCUCAAGAGCUCCUAGGUAUAUUCCUAGUUAAUAACCUGACUUUUGGCAGUUUUAUAAAAAAUAAGAAAAAUAAAAAAUCACUUUAUUUGCCAGCAUAGGCAAGCCAAACAGAAGAGAUAGUCAUAAUCAUUAAGUGUGCAUUACAUAAUUAUUAUGUAAUGCACACAUAAUGUCAAACCAAGACUUUUCUUUGUGGUUGUGAUGCCAUGUUUCGCUGCUGCAUACAGGUCUGAGGUGGUCAUUCAAAUAUUUUGCCAAGCAUGAACAUGGCAUGAGCAUAUUGAAGGAAGCCAGUUUAAUUUGGGUGUAUAGAGAAAUGGAUGUAAAUUUAAAAGCAGAUGCCCUCUCCAGAGGGAUUUUGUGUUAUUGCAGAUUGUAUAUUGGGAUAAUGGUAAAUGUUUUGCUUUUAGGUUUAUUGGUGCUUUUAGUGUAGCAGCUCUGGAACUUACCAUUGUUGUUUUGUUCUCUGUAUCAUUACACAUAUAUCUUAUUAUCCAAAUAAAGGUUUAUUGGAAAUGGAAUGUCAAGCUUUACCCAGCCAUGGUAGAUCAAAUCGUUGCCUCUAGACUCUGUUAAAUCUGCCAUAUUUUACCACAGACUUGCGUAUGUUUCUACAUCUUUUAAGGUUUUGGAAAUCCAUGUUGUGGGGCAGCCAUCAGAAAAAGAGUUCCUCAGGCAGCCCAGAAGGAAUUAAGUGUAAAUGUCAAGUCCACAACCUGAACAAAGCAAACAUUUAAUUUAGCUCAUGAAGGUCAGCUGAAAUAGCAAAGAGCAGGUAAGCUAUAGUAUAUAUCAGGAGUCAGAGCUGUUUCAGAUGCAGCUGUGGUUGAAGGUGUCCAUGUAACAGUGAAGUGGGAGGUUACAGUUAAUAAAAAUAAUAAUAAUAAUUAGAUUAAGCUUGCCAACGAUUUGUAAUUUUAAGAUUAUCUUGACAGCAAAGUCUUCUUAUUUGGUGUUUUAUACUGAGUGACUAAAUCCAAUAUUUCCUAAUAACCCACUUUUUUACUGAUUAGAGAGUCUCAGAGUUUCUAUUAAUUCCUCUGUGAUCCUCUAACUGUUCAUUUUGUGCCAACUGUCUAAUAACAGCAGCCAAGACUUACAAGACUUGACAGAGUGACGAUAAAAAAAGCGAUAAAUUUAUAAAGUGAGUGGUUUGGAUUUGUUUCUGUUCCAAUCACAGCAGCGAUCUCUCCUCUCCAUCCAUCAUGCGUCUCUGUACUCAAGCCAAGAAAGAAUCAAAUGAAGUGAAAUUACUCAGCAGGCGUUUUAGUAUCUGUUCAUCUUGAACACAGCUUGUGUUUAAAAAGGAAAGAGAGUCAUUUGUCAGAUGGUGCUUCACUUUUCUUUAAAAAGAUUGAAUCUGUGUGAUGAGGAGUCUGACUGACAUGGUGAUUUAUGCUGCAGGAGGAGAAACCAGCUGAGGGAAAGGAUGAGGACAAGAAGGAGGACAAACCUCAGAGUAAGUCACUGUUUUUAUUUUUUCAGGAAAUAAAAGACCACGCAGCUUUUCCUGUUUUUCUCUGUGUCCUUCACCUGUUCUGCAACACAGCCUGUGACCCAGGUGCAUGCUGGGUGCACUGGGUUUGACCUGAGGCCUAGAAACAGAACUUAAAUAACAUAGCUGUUGUAUUACCUCCUAAUGUUUGAGUUGUUCAUAAGCCAUAUGAUUAUUAUUUCCAAUAACAUGUUCAUGUUCAUCAUUUUGACUGCAUGCAGGUAUAAUCAAUCAUUUUUAUGGGCUCUGUAAGAUAAAUUGAAUUUUAUUUUGUUUGUUUAGAUUUCGCAUUUGAGUCAAAUAGAGAGUUCAUCUGCAGUACAACUGACAGCAAACAAUGGUCAAGUAAAACAAAUAUUGGUAAAUAAGAUUAAAGUGGUGAAAUAGAAAAAACAGUUAAAUAAAAGGCUUUAAAAAUGAGUACAAAAACAUAUUCUGUUAUCCACGAGAGGAUUGUGCAGCUUUUACUGAACCUGAGCAAACAUGACAACAAGUCAUAUUUAAUUCAAGUCUAAUUCACAAAACACACACAAAGGGGUAAGUGUUUUUGAAACUGCUCUGCACGAACAAAAAGAGUUUCUGUGUGCACAUAUUCAAAUAAGUUAUGCUUAUUGAAUACUUGCACACACAAAAAGUUAUGUUUAUUUGGGUCAACAUUUGCUCCUUUUUUGUGCAAAUCAGCCCAAUCCAAAAAAUGUCGACUUUGCAAACACAGGACACAUGCUGAAUUGCUGGGUCAGCAUUAUCCAAGACUCAAACACUUCUGUUAACAAAAUCAAACAAAACAAAAGUGGAAAUCCAAAACAGUCAAACUUAUCAAGUGUAUUCUAAGCCUGUAUUUGGUUAUAUUUGACAAAGUUUUACCCUGAGUUAGCUCAAAUAGCACCAGCAGCAACAUUCAGGGCUCUAUUUUCGUGUACGCCCGUGAGGCGGCGGAGGGCGGCGAGCCCUGCACAGUUGUAUUUUCGUCUGGCCCAGCCCGGCGUACAGCCAGUUUGGUAUUUUCGUGGACUGAGGCGCACGGAGGCGAACCGAGAUCCGCCAAGCUGGGCGUGGUGGCGUGGCAGGGGGAGGUGUCGACAGAAUCAGCGGGCGCAGUGACAUUUUAAGGCUCGCCACCGGCGUGUAAAGUGCGCUGAAAGCUCGCCGAUUCAAACCUGGUCAGCUAUCAGCGCAGGCGGAACGCAGCUGGUCUAGUAGUAUUUUGGUAGACCGGCGGUGUAUCGGCAUACGUCACCGAUGCCUCACCGGCAGGUUUUUCACAGUGUCAGGCACAUUUCAGUGCAAUAAAUAAUCAUCAUCAACUAAUAAUCUGAGUCAGCACAUACAUUUGGAUCUAUAUCGAUAUAUUCUGAUCUAUAUGUGAUCGGAUGAGCGCAUUUGGCACGCGUUUGGACACACAACCUGACCGAAUCAACACAGCUGAAACCGCAUUAAACUAAAUUAAAUAUCUAGUAAAUAGACACACAUGAUGAAGUUAACAAGAUAUGUAAUUCGUCUCCCUCCUUUUCUUUCUUCCUCUUCCUCUUAUUUCUCGCACAGCUCGACCUGGACAUGUCUCCGUGUCCUCUCUCCGUCCUGCAGCAGCAGCAGCUGAACAGAUGAUUUGUUUCCGUGAUCAGAUGCGUUAUCUACUUUAAGCCGACAUACGGAUAUUAUAAUAUUCAGUUUUGUGAGCCAAAUUUAUCUUAUAUGCCAACAUCUAUGAAAGAAAGAGCCAGGCCACGGAGCGCGAUGCGUCAUUUACGCACAGAUGGUUCUGAUUUUAAUGCCAUUUUUAGAGUUAAUGUUGUGAUCUGUGAGCUCAACCCACCUUUGUCACGUGAGGUUUGAAUAUAUGCAACUUUAUGUGAGUGUCUUUAUUUGUGGAAAAGGGUGUUUGUCUUACCAGUGGGUCCAACAUUACACACACCAAAUCCAUCUGUGCUUAUGUGAGAGAGUGUGGAGGACGCCCUCUGCAGCGUUCACAGUGACACUUGUUGAGGAGCUGCCUUCUGUCGCCAUCUUGUGGCAGAACUGUCUAAAGACGUCUCUUGAUCUCUUUGACUACUUCACAAAAAUGGUAAUACGCCUCGCCUGUGGCGGAUUUAAAGGCAAGGAGAGGAGCUUAUGUGAUUGGUGAAAACAGGUCUCGGCUGUGUUAAACCCACUCCACGCCCUUUCUUCUCCCACGCUACGACUUACGCCGCUGGGAGGAGCUGAGUUAGGGAGGGGGGAUACUUACGCCGGGCUGCGCUGCUCACCAAAAUACCAAAUUGUGCUUGGGAACGGCGCGGCGGACCUGACUUACGCUGCGCCUGCAGCACGUCUCCGGCGAGGCACGAAAAUAGAGCCCUCAGAGUGUCUCUCAAUAUUUCCUCUGCUGAUACCACAACAGGAUGCAAAAGAGAAAAAGGAGAUCAAAUUAAAUUCAUGGUAACACUUUAUUUGACACCUAUCGCUAUAAUGCAUCAUCAUAUAAUGGGUUAGAAUCACGUUAUAGCACUGGAUAACUAUAGUUAUAAACACUCAUGAAUGAUCAUAAUGCUUUAUAGCAAUAAUCAUUAGACAUUAUAAAGCAUUUUAUCAUGACUUACGAGGUCAGGUAUUAUAAUGUGUUAUAACUGUUCACAACCCACAUAGACAAUGCCCACAUAGAUAAUGCAAUGCAACUGUUGUUAACAGUUAUAACACAUUAUAAUACCUGACCUAGUAAGUCAUGAUAAAAUGCUUUAUAAAGUGUUGUGAUUAUUGCUAUAAAGCAUUAUGAUCAUUUAUGAGCGUUUAUAACUAUAGUUAUUCAGUGCUAUAAUGCGAUUCUAACACAUUAUACAGAAAUUUAUAAUGCAUUAAAUAGCUAAGCAUCAAAUAAAGAGUUAAGGAAUUUAUAAAUAUUUUCUUUUCACAAAAUCAGCCCCAACACCAACUCCAGCCCCUGCUCCAAAUCCAGCCCCAGCAGCCCCAGCCCCUGCUCCAACUCCAACUCCGGCCCCAGCAGCAGCUCCUGCAGCCCCAGCUCCAGCAGGGGCCACAGCUAAUGCUGGUCAGCCUGGGCCUGAGGGGUAAGAACACCUGCAUCAUCACAAAUGGUUUUGUAUCCUGAUUUGUUCUUAAACAUUUAAUCCCAGUUAGAAGGAAUGAUUAAAGAGAGUGGGUUUAAUGUGUUUAUCUGUGCAGUAUCUGCCUGAAACAGUGUCCUGCCAAACUCUGCCUCCACAGAGCGCUUACACAUUAAUCAGCCAGCAGAGACGUAUUAAUGAGAUUCAAAGUGAGGCAUGAGAGACAGAGAGAGACCUCAGAGAUGAAUGCAGCAUGUGAGAUGUUGAUCCUCUGCUGUAACAUGCAUAUUAACAGAGGGAUGGCAUGAAAGUGGAUUAAAAGCUUUUCAGCUUUUUGGCUCAAAGAGGCUCACUGAGGCUGAUUCUGGAGCAGCAGAGGAGACGUGGAGGCAGAGACACACUAAACUGAUCCUCACAGGUGUAAACACAGGUUACUUUUACACAGGAGGAGGUGUGCUGGUCAGAUUUAAUCACUGAGAAUAAAGAGGAGUGAUGAAGAGAAACAGAGGUUUUAUGUGCAGCACAGUUAGAGGUCUCAGCCUUCAGCAUGAGUUAUACGAGGAAUAACUCAGUUCAGGAUGUCAAGAGACUGAAGGUGGUGCUUUUAUUCACUACUGUACUACGGACUUUACUGUGUCAGCUGACUGCUAGCACCCACACCCACAGGACAAAUACAAAAAUACUUAGUCAAGACAGAGCUAUUUAAAGUUUAGGUCGCUGCAGUAUGAUCGAAAAGAUGAAUGGAGUGUAAUAAACUAGUCCUGAAAUAACGAUUCCGUUAUGACAGAGAUACAAUCACAUUUCUGUUAUGCUACUGCGCUAUAAUAUGUGCAUCUUUUGACCCAAUUUCCUGCCUUUUUUCACUCUUUGCAAAUACAAUGAUCACCUAUUUAUGGAGAAAAUGGUCGUCUGAUUCACCCAGAAUGAAAAUAAUGAAGUUUGCGAAAUGAGCCUGAACUAUAAAACCUGCUGUUACUCUGAUGCAUUUUGAACAAAUUUUAAAAUAUUUUGACUACAUUUUUUCAGAUUUUGAUUUCAUUCAUUUGCUGGAUUGAAACCUUUAAUUUUGCACUUUUCCCUGAAUCUUCUCAGUCUGGUAUUAGGUCCUUUUAGGGCUGUUAGCAUGAACAGUUAAUCACAGUGCUGCCACUGUGGUGGAAAAUACUGACACCAUUGUGCUUAUAAAGGGCACAUUUCACUUUAAAAACUUCCAGAUGGCCCAGUUCACGAGUCAAAAAUACUUUGGAGUGUGUGAAUCACUUCAGACUUUAGGACUUCCUAAUGUUGGCGUGAUGUUGUAGGGAACCUUAGUUUCACUCAUACAUGGCUGAGCCUGUUUGAAACAAAGAAACCCUGUCUUUGACAGAAUAUGCGCUUGAAGCUGUGUUCCUCCACUAAGUCAUGGUUUCAGUCUGGUGUCACAGUGCGGCAUUUGUUUAUAUGAUACAUCUAAAAGGUCAAGGUUAUAGAGUUAAUUCAUUGCAUUCAUUUGACCCACAAAUCAAGAAUGACACUCAUAAGAAUGAACUUAAUUAUUUAUAUGGACAUAAAUACAAUUUUAGAUGUAAGAUAUUGGAAUAUUAAUCAUGCAUUAAAAGUAUUAAAAACUUUGUGAUUAACCAUGAUAUUAAAUGUUGAUCCUAUGACAGCCCUAGUUCUGUUUCUGCAAUGAAGCAUCCAAGACAAAAUGAUUGCUCGAUCUUUCAGUAAAAAGCUUUACAGCAUAGUGCAAAAAUAACCAGAGGCUUCAAGGAACAGACAAGGUCAUUUUAUGUCUUCAAGAAAACAUUAAGUUAUCAGCAAAUACUGUGUUUACUGUAUGGUUGUUGUAAAUUUCCCUCUCAGAAAACUACUCCAUAAAAAGCUGCAACCUUCAGGUUAAAUUAAAUGUGAGGUCUACCUUGAAGUAAUGAGACUUUCUACCACAGGAGGGCAGACUAAGAUGGAGUUUCACUCACCUUUGGGAUGAGCAGUUUUAAAAUCCCAACCUGCUACCCUUUCAAAAAAAACUGAGGCAACAACAUGGUCCUAAAAGAUCUGAGUGAAGCUCAAUGAGAGGGACUCAGGCACAGAAAGUCUCCAGUGUUUGGAUCAUAUUUUAUCUGGUUUCCUCUUUGUGUGGUUCAGUUUCAACCUGGACCAUCCAUUAAAAUCAACAAAACCAAAAUAUGCCCAAUCCCGUAGUCUUUCACAAGAGGAAUAAAAUUUAAUAAAGUUUAUAAGGGAUUUGCAAACCAUUAAACUCUGCUUGUAUCAACAUUUUACACAGCUUCACAACUAAUCACAACUAAUCUGGGUUGUACCCAUAGACUGUAUAUACUAUUCUUUAUACAGUCUAUGGUUGUACCUCACCACCUAACCAUUGUUAAGACAAAUAACAUAAUCAUUUUCAACAGUGUUUGUUAAAUGUGAGAUGUUUUUGGGUGUUGUUUUCAGACAGGAGGCAGCCCCUCCUCCUCCUCCCCCUCCCAUUGUCAUCAACAAAUACUCAGAUGAGCAGCUUCGAGCAAUCAUCACCCGGAUGAGAGAGAGGCUGGAGCUAUACAAGGAGAAGACGCUGGAUAAAUAUGCCUCAUCUCCAGAGAUCAGCCCUCCUGUCAGUGAGUACAAACACACCACUGGUCAUCUGAAUACACAGCUAAGAAGAAGACAAGACAGCAGAGGCUUUAACUAAUGUAAGUGCAACACUGAACACAAGCAGACUUUCAUCAAGGCUUCAUAAAAUCUACAUGAACUAUUUUAAUGAAAACUUUCUACUGCUGUCUUGGCCAGGAUGCUAUAAGAGAGAAUCUUAUUCCCAAUGAGGCUUUCCUAAUUAAAUAAAUGAAACAGUAGCACAAUAAAGCAGCGCUGUCAACACUGGAAUAGAUGGUACAGCAGCCAACAGUGAAUAUUUCCCUUGAAUAUUAUAUUUGCACUCACCCAGUUGGAUUUAUUGUUCUUUCAGCUCCUCUGCUCCGUAAAGAUAACUACUUCAAAGUGAUAGAGGAGAGGAAGAGACAGGAGGAGGAGGACCGGAUAAAGAAAGAGGAGGCUGAUAAGAAAAAAAAGGAGGAGCAGGAGAAAAAAAAGAAGGAGGAUGCACAGAAGAAAAAGGAAGAGGAGGAGAAGAAGAAAGUAGAGGAAGAAGAGGCGAAGAAGAAGGAGAAGAAGAGCAUAAAAACCAGGUUUACAGAGGUUGCCUGGUCCACGGUGGAUAUGGUCCUGAAGCCAGUGGAGGAUGCAAUGGAUCCGGUUCUGGGGUCCACUAUGGACCCGUUCACUGACCGGCGUUACAUUGCCUGGCUCAGCCUGGUCACCAUGGCCUUCAACUAUAACACCUGGUUCAUCACGGCCCGCCUCUGCUUUCCCUACCACACUGUGGAGGCUACCCCAUACUGGUUCGCUUUUGAUCUGCUGGCAGACCUGAUCUACCUCACUGACUCCAUCGUCUUCCAGGCCCGCAAACAGUUCGUCAAAGGAGGAGACAUCAUAGUAAGUCUGGAGGCAUCAGCAUUUUUGAAACUUAUAUAAAUGAUUUAAAAUAAACUAAAAAAUAUCCGCCUCUUUGGUUGUCUUCCAUCUAGUGUCUGUCAUCCAGUCUAGAUCCAGCCCUCCGCUGGGACUAGAAUAAUCCAGAUAUUUUUGAUCAAAGUUAUCACAGUCCUACUUGAAAGUUCAGACGACACAAACUGGCCAAACUUGAAACUUUCUGACAGCUUUGGUCUGAUCACAUCACUUUUAAUAGCUUUGCCCCGAUUUUUAGAUUUAAUCAUGAUGAGAAUUUUAUUUUUUCAGAAAGACCGGGCAAUGACAAGAAAGAACUACAGAGAGUCCGAGAGAUUCAAGGUUUGUCACUUUAACUCUCCAAACAUAUAAAGAACAAGCUCACCUCAGUGAUCUCAUAUAUAUCUGUCCUCACAGCUGGACGUGAUAUCCCUCAUCCCCUUCGACCUGCUCUAUCUGCAGUUUGGGUUUAAAUCCAUCUUCAGGGCCAACCGUCUGCUGAAGGUGAGUCUCCUCAGAGUUCAGGUCACUACACUGACCCAGUAAACGUCCUGUUAGACCCUCACUCACAUUUCUAUGUUUGACCUUCAGGCAGAUACGUUCUUUGAGUUCAGUGAUCGUCUGGAGAGCAUCAUGGCCAAAGCUUACAUUUGGAGGUAAGUCACGUCAAAUCAAGAAACACCACGGAUAAUCUCAUUCUGGUUAUUUUAUGUGAUUCAGUAUGCAAAAGUCAGUUAGCUUCUGAAUGUUUCAAACUCAAACAUACAGCUGCAAAAAGUCUUUCGUAGCAUGACAUGAAAAAUGUUGAUUUUUUUUUUUUCAUCAGAGUGAUUCGGACCAUUGGGUAUCUUCUCUUCAUGCUGCACAUCAAUGCCUGCUUCUACUACGUGGCCUCAGACUUUCAAGGCAUCGGGAAGACUAAGUGGGUCUACUCUGGUCUGGGCAGUGCGUAAGUACACAAACAUAUAUAUCUGCCAUCCUUUGUGUUUAUGAUACCACAUGUCUCAUGCUUGUUGUCUCUUUGACAUUUUUGGGGGUCUUCACGUCAAAAGUGGCAAACACAUUGCAGGACUCGACAUGAAUAAAAAUUUGCAUUUAUAUAUUGUGUAUUGCCACUACUCCACUGCCCAUGUUGGAGUGUAUUGGGAUACCUUGUGUAUGCACAAACCUGGCAGGCAGUUUUUCUCACUGGUUAUUUCAAAAAGGCAUCAAUCUAAAUUUGGGCUCAGAAAGUCAUGGAUAGAAUAGAAUAGAAGAAUAUUCCUUUAUUGAUCCCCCAUGGGGGAAAUUUUUUUGUCACAGCAGCAUCACAGACAAAGAGUGCAAAAAUGCAGUUAUAAAAAUAAAGAUCCUAAUAUUAAGAACUUAAAUAAAUGUAAUAAUUAAGAAAAAAUUUAGAAAAAGGAAAAAGGGAGAAGAAAAAUAAAAAUAAAACUAUCUACAAUAUACACAAUUUAAAUGCCAGCAAAAAAGUGGUGGUGUAAAUCCAGUUACUAUGACAGUUUGUUGUAAAGUCUUAAAAUAGUUGUAUGGAUACAAAUAUACAGCGGGUAAAAUAAAUAUUGAACAUGUCAUAGUUUUUCUCAUAAAUAUAUUUCAAAAGUGCUACUGAAAAUAAAAAAGUUUACAUAAAAAUACAAAGAAAUCAAAACUUAAAUGUCCAUGAAUUAAGGCAUAUAUUAAAAGAUGGAAUGACACAGGGAAAAAGUGUUGAACACAUGAAGAAACAGGGGUGCAAAAUGCAUGGAAAGCCAAAAACACUGCAAAAGAAAAGUACAUGUCGAAGAUCGUUUUAAGUUUUCCGCACAACAUUUAGACACACCUGUGAAAUACUGUGAGAAUAUAAUCAGGUCAAAUGAGACCAAAAUUGAACUCUUUGGAAGCCACAAUACACACCAUCAUUGGAGGUCAAAUGGCACUGCACAUCAGCCCAAAAACACCUUACUGACAGUGAAGUUUGUAGGUGGGAAUAUCAUGGUGUGGGGCUGUUUUUCAGCAUGUGGCAGUGGCAAACUUCCUAUAAUUGAAGGAGGGAUGAAUGGAAAAAGGUACUGAGACAUUCUUGAUGAAAUCUGAAGAUGAAACAAGGGAGAAAUAUCAGCAAGACAAUGAUCCCAAACACAUAGGCAAGGAAACUCUUACUUGGUUUCAGCUGUUAGAAUGGCCCAGCCAAUCACCUGACUUGACCCCAUAAGGAAAUCUAUGGAAAGAACUAAAGAUCAGAAUUCAUAGAAGAGACCCACAGAACCUUCAAGAUUUGAAGACCAUUAGUGUAGAAGAAUUGGCCAAAAAAAAAAACACCAAAGCAAUGCAUGCAACUAGUUUCCUCAUAAAGGAGGUGUCUUAAAGUUGUUAUGACCAGCAAAGGCUUUUGUACAAAGUAUUACAUAAAUUUAAGGAGGUGUGUUCAAUACUUCUUCCCCCUGUGUCAUUCCAUUUUAUUACACAUAACCUAAUUUAUGGAAAUCUUGAAAUCUUAAACCAAUGACUUAACUGUAAUGUUAACUUGCAAUGUGCUUACAUCCAUCACUAUUUAUAAUAAAUGAUGGAACUAGAUCCAAAUAUUUGGGAACAUCUUAGGCUGUAACAUGCUCCUUUAGAAAUCAAAUUGUUUCAACAAAAGGUUCUUGUUUUUGUCAGUGAAGAUUGUGUGAAUAAAAAUAGGAACAUUUCCAUGGUUUGUGUACCUAGAGCUGAUCACUAGCUGUACUUUCUGUGCCGCUGCUGCAGUUACCUCAGCUGCUUCUUCUAUGCGGAGAAAUCCCUGCUGAUGAUCGCUGAGCUGCCUGUUCCUGACUCCAUGUUUGGACAGAUCUUUCAGAUGACUAACUACCUUUUUGGGGCUUUCUUUAUGUCCAUCAUUCUGGGACAGGUAGUUCUUUGUCAUUUUUUUUUUGGUCCAAAUCUUUCCCCCUUUUGUGUUUUUGUGUGUGUGUGUGUGUUUUGUGUGUGUGUGUGUGUGUGUGUGUGUGUGUGUGUGUGUGUGUCUGUGUGUGUGUGUGUGUGUGUGACUUUCAGCAGGACAUCGAGGGACUCAAAAAGAAGGAAAUACUCAGACACAUCUAGUUAUUUGAGCAAAGCGUUGACAGGUAGACGAGUCUGUGACAGCCCCUCUAACUCCCCGCCCUCUCCACAGGUAUCUGCGUUGUUACUACUUUGCUGUCCGCAGUCUGAUCAACAUCGGGGGCCUAAGUGAGCCCCACACCGUCUUUGAGAUUACUUUUCAGAUGACAAACUUUUUCACGGGCGUCUUUGUGUUCUCCAGUUUGAUUGGACAGGUAAAAAAGAGUCAUAGCUGCUCACAGCAUCAGACUAGCACCUUCUCAUCAGCAUUUCACUUCCUUAUCUGUUAGUUAUGUAGAGAUAGUUUAAUGAAUCUAUUGCACUGACGCUCAUCUUAGUUUCACGUAUAUCCCAUCCUCCAUCUCUAGUUCCUCAUUGGUUCCCUGUGAAGUCUUGACUGUCAGAAAAAGUGGUAAAUGUGGUCCAUAUGAUAUUUCAACUUGGAAAGAAUUACAAUUUUGUAUAAUCACACUUUAUUCUGCGUCAGAUGAGAGAUGUCAUCGGUGCAGCCACAGCAGGUCAGACCUACUUCAGGUCCUCCAUGGACAACACCGUGUCCUACAUGGUGAAAAACCGCAUCCCCUCUAUGGUCCAGAACAGAAUCCGCACUUGGUACACCUACACCUGGGAUGCUCAGGGCAUGCUUGGUCAGUAAAUCAAAAUGGUUCUUCUUAAAGCGCCAGAGCUGUUUCAGCUUCAGUUUAACUCAAUAUGAUUGCUCCUGAUGUUUCUGCAGACGAGUCUGAGCUGCUGGAUAAGAUGCCUCUAGUGAUGAGAACCGCCAUUGCUGUGGACAUCAACCUGGAAACUUUUAAGAAGAUCGACCUGUUCAAGGUGCAUGUUAAAAAACCCACAUUACAGUAAAGAAGUCAUCCGGCAGUUGUCUCCAGGAAAUAAAUCAAUCAUUGUGACGUUUCCCUUGCAGGGCUGUGACCAGCAGAUGUUGGUUGACAUGUUGCUGAGGCUCAAAUCCAUCAUCUACCUACCUGGAGAUUUUGUCGUCAAGAAAGUAAGUUUUGGAUCACAGAGGUGUUGAUAAGGACCAUAAGAUGAAAUUCUUGACCUCCACUUCACCAAAAGACUUCAGAGACUUUAGAGGCAAAAGCUAAGGCUUCAAAAAACUCAUAUGAUUCUUACUAAGAGAUUUGCCUGGUGUGACAGAGCCCAUGUUUUUUUUUUUUUCAGACAGCAACAACACAAAACUCAAAGUAAUAAAGGAACCUAACUGGUUUUGAACCUCACAGACUUAUGUAUUGACUGUAUUUAUGUGUCUAUUUGAAGCUUGCACCCAUUUUCAAGACAAACAGAGACAUAUAGAAACAAGCAUACCUAGAAACAUUAUUGUCCUAUCCCACUGUCAUCCAACAUAAUCUACACAGAUGCCUGACCUCCUCUGAGUCCACUUUUGUUGGAGGUUUCUGCCUGUUAACAGAAGUGUUUCUGUCUCAUGGUGGCUGUCAAGACUUAACAAAGCAGAGACUAAAUACUACAUGUUUUGAACAUGAAGUGUAUUUAGAUGACAUUUUUUCUAUAUAUGGAUGGAUGACUAAUGAGCAGAUAAAAAUAAAUAUAAAAUUGAAAUCAAAUCCAUCGUAUCAGAUGCAAACUUUUGGCUCAAAUCCUUUUGACAUAUAGCUUCCUGAUGUCUUAACUGUGCGUGUCUCUCAUUUCCCCCCACUUCCUCUCUGCAGGGGGACAUUGGUAAAGAGAUGUACAUCAUAAAGAGUGGGGCAGUGCAGGUGGUGGGAGGACCUGAUAACAGUAUUGUGUUUGUCACACUGAAGGCCGGCUGUGUGUUUGGAGAAAUCAGGUGAGAUGAGUUUCAGGCUGAGACACAAAGAACUGAUGUAAAAAAACAGUUUUCUUACUUGACUGGCUUCAGCAGAAAUGUUUACUGACCUGUAAACUUGCUAUGGGGAUCCUCAGGUGUGGUAUAUCAGCAUUUUUAGUCUUAGUCAAAACAUAUUUGUGAUUUAUACAAAAAUAUUUCAAUAUAUUACAUCUAGAAAUUCAUUAAUUUGGAAAAGAAUAAAAGGACCCAAAACAGAUCCCUGGGGUGCUCAACCUGCUGAGUCCUGUUUAAUGAAAAGAUCUGUUUGUAGUCUGUAGUCAUGAUGUACUUUUAUGUUACUUAUUUGUUCUUUUGACAGAUCUGUAAUAGAGACUUUAAUUAAACGAUGAGAAAGAAAGUAAGCUGCAUAUAUUAACAGUUAAAAAGUGUCCUCUCUACAGAGUUACUAGACACAUAAUCAUUUCCAGGAUGAACCACAGAUGGAAAGCAUCAUCUGCAAGCAAUUUUUAAUAUGUUGUUUUGUGUUUCAGUCUGCUGCAAUCAUCUAAAGAUGGAGGAAACAGGCGGACAGCUAAUGUUAAAGCUCAUGGCUUUGCUAACCUCUUUGUCCUGGAAAAGAAGGACCUCUUUGACAUUCUGGUCCACUACCCUGAGUCUCAGAAAGUCCUGGCCAGGAAGGGCAGGUGAGUCUGAGCCCUGAAUAUGAACUUUCUUUAGUCACUCAAUUGUUCAUAAUGAAGUUAACAGCUUACUUUCUGGAGGUGUGUAUUUGCAGUGCAGAAUAUCCUACAGUUUCUUCAGAAUUUGACAAACGUAAGAAGAAAGCAUUGAUACAUCUGAUGCCAUGGUGACAUUGUAUUAUGUCAUCAGCAAUAUAACAAAUUUUGCAAGUUUAACAUUUGUGACAGUUUAUUUGGUUUCCAAUACAAACCACAGUGGUCCCAUCAGGGUUCCAUGGGGUACUCCAAAAAAGGGUGACUCAUCAUCAUCAUUGUUAUCAUAUGAUUCUGCAACUUAUUUUUUAUCCUAUUUUUAUUUUUUUAACUUGUUUCUUAAUGACAAAAAUUGAUUCGUAUCUGCAUUUAAAACCUCUUAAUGUUUUUGCAAGUUUCAGACACAACUAUAAAAAACAUUUUUUACUUGAACUAAAUAAUGAUUAAGUAGUUUUAAAAUUAUGCUUAAACAUGAUACUCUUUUUUUGCCAAUCACCUUUGAAUUUUUUUUUUUUAAAUCGAUUGAUUUUUCUCUACACAAGCUAUUUUCACACUCCUGUGAAAUGUGAAUUAAAUCUAUAUGAAAUCUAUAUCAUACAUUGUGUGAACUCUUAAAAUUAGAAUUGCGCUGUAAACCUUGCCAUACUUAAUGAAAUGGAGCGAAUACUGUGCUGCUUUUGUUUAGCCAGCCUGUUUGACUGUGUUUGUCCAGAAAACUGAUGAAGUCAAAGGGUCCUGCUGCAGCGAAAGCAGAAGAGGAGAGGAAAAAGGGGUUGGCUCUGUUUGGACCCAAACCUCCAACACCAAAACUGCUGCGAGCUUUCGGAGGAAACUUUAACAGAGCUGUUAUUGACCGAAUGAAGGUAAAAACAACUGCACUUCUAUCCAAAAUAAACAACUUAUUUCACAUGUCAUGGAUUUCUGUUUUAUUUAAUUUAUUCUGUUUUUUUUCUCCACUCAGAGUGCUGCUGCUGGACAGUGA